GUUGACAAUGUGUGUAUAUUUAAUUCCUUAAUUUGCCAACGUUUGCCAACUGAAAGCAACAAACAAUACAAAAGAUAGAUUUGCUGAUAACAUUUGCAAGCGUCAAGUAAAAAUGGUUGAACGUGUAUGAAUCACGUGAUUAUUCGAUAUGAAUAAAGUUGGACGUUCUCACCCCGUUGGGGCCGGGUCGGUCAGAAAGUCACGUGGCGAGGUCGUCGAGUCAAAACGCUUGAACGGGUCAAUGGCCCAUAAGGAGGUCAAAAAUGGGAUCGAAGAACAGAAGUUGUCCGCGAAUGAUAAUGAUGAUGACAUCAUCGAGCACUAUCUGAUGAACUCGUUCGAUCAGUCGGCAAUGCGGAAAAUUGCAGACGAUGACGCCAUGCCUCUCGACGUAGAAACCGAGCUUAGGAAAUACAAUCAGCGAGAAACAGACUAUCUCAUGCGCGUAGACGAUUGCCUUACGAAGGACCCCAGUCUGAGGGAGGACCAAGUCAAAUUGAUCCUGCAGUCCUUCUCGGUGCUGGACGAGAACGGAGAUGGGAGGAUCUCCAAGACAGAGAUAGCCCGGGCCUACAGGCUGGCUGGCUUCAACCCAACCAAGCCGGAACUCGAGCAGAUUGUCAAGGAACAUGACGCAAACGAUGACGGUUAUAUUGACUUUGAAGAAUACUUCAAUGUAAUGAGAUCAAAGAUGAUAAAAGUUGACUUCGAAAAAGAUCGCAUGAAAACUGCUUUUAAAGUCCUAGAUGUCAAUAACGACGGCUUUAUCUCGGUGGAGGAGUUAAGGAACGCCUUGUCGAGGACAGGGGAUCAUUUCACCGACAGGGAGAUAGACGAGAUCUUAAGACUCGCCGAUAAAAACAACGAUGGGAGGAUAGACUAUAAUGAGUUUGUCGACGCAGAUCUGUGCAAGUCAGUGUUUUGAACUUUUCAGACCGUGGUGAUUAUUAUAGUGACGUAGACUGCCAACAUAUGACGUGCCGCAACGUGACGUUAAAGACUUUUAAGUCUUUAGACAAUUUUAACAAGUGAAUAAUUUGUUGUAGUAAAGCUUCUUAUUCACUUUGACAAAUUUGAUGUUGUUGGAAUUAAUUCAUUUGUUCUGCUUUUUAAGUUAUUGCUUUGCAUUAUGUAGUGGAUUAAUGAAGUUUAUAAUGUAAACCUGUUAUAACAUAACGCUUAACGAUAUUAAUUGCGUUUUGAUGCUAAAACCGGUUACACGCAUCUCGAUUAAGAAACAUUUUUUUAUUUUGAAUUGCUUUGCGUGUUAAAUAAUAGCUUCAAUUCUGCUGCGUGUUAAUACAAUCAUAAAGUAUUAUCGCGCGUAAUUAAUAAGAGUCGCAUAAGAAAUAUUUUUCCCGUGUGAUAUAGCAUAUGCGCUUCAGAAUAAGUGUUUUCCCGCGGCAUUCAGAUUAUGCGCAUCACAACUAGUCAAUCUCCGUGAUUUGGCAAACGCGUUUCAGAACUAGUGUUGCCCGUUGUGGUUCGGCAAACGCGCAUCAACGCUAGUGUUUUCUGUUGUUAUUUAGUAUACGCGCAUCUAAACUUAUGUUAUCCCACUCAAUUCGGCAAACGCAUAUAAGAACUAGUGUUUUCGGACGUGAUUCGGGAGUGAUACGCGCAUCAUAGCUUUUGUAUUUCUGCGUGAUUCAGUAAAUGCGCAUUAGAACUAUUUAGAAAAUAAAAAUACCUACGAUGAAGCAAACACAAAAAGUAAUCUAACAUAUUCGAAAAUCAUAAAUUCCAAUACGAAUCUAUGUAUGUAUUUUAAGGUUAACAACUACCUUUUUUAGAUUUGUUUAUUGAUAAUUAAAAGAUUGUGUUAUCUAAAGAGAGCUUAAUUAAUAUCAUGUUAGAUUUUUUCAACUUAUACUUACAAUGACUAGACACGAUAUUGUAUUCGUGUAUUCGUAAAUAAAUUCCAUAAGUAUACUAAAAUUUUGCUAGAUUUGCCCUAAAAUCUUUUUAUUUAUUACUAACACUAGUUUGCUGUAAUAUUCGAGCAUAUUACCCUUUCGAAACAACAGCAUUCCUCAUCUGUGGCACAUUUUGUUCUACACGCAUUUACAGAGGGGGUUAUCACGUGAUAGUCAAGAUGGCGACGUCCAUACCGAGACAGUUAUUUUUCGCCGUUUUAUACCCUUUAUUACUUCUGUUUAUUUUUUAAAUGACGCUCACUUUCCAGCCAUAUCAGUAAAAAGGUGAUAAGCGUUUAUUUCGUAUUAAAAUUCGCUUUAUAUCUCGACUUUACUCCCCGCAAGUUUUCUUAGUGGAGCCCUAAUUAGGUCAUCCCGCUAAGAAAUUUCGCACCGAGUAAAGUCGAGAUAUAGAGCGAAUAUUACUAUGAAAUAAAAGCCAGUAACUUUCUUCCUAAUAUGGCUGGAAAGUGAGCGGAAUAAAGAAUAAUAAUGCAAGUAAUACAGGGUAUAAAACGACGAAAAAUACCUGCCUCGGCAUGGACGUCGCCAUCUUGUUUGUCACGUGAUUACCCCCUCUGAUUUAUAUCAUGUGAAAUGCUAUAACGGUAAAACUGUUGAAUUAGGUAGCAUCCUUCUAACUAGUAUGCCAUUUUAUCUUAAACUUAUGUACAUAUUUCAUUACUGUAUCCGUUUAAUAAAUACACCUUUAAGAUUCACGUUGA